CUCUUUGCAUCACUCAGCAUUCGAAUUAAUCAACUGAAAAGCCAGUAAAUGAAGAUACACGAAAUGCCUAGUAGACCUUGUCUAAAUUUGGUCCGUCACUGUGUAACGAACUGAUGGGAACUGAAUAAAUAGGGUGAAAAAAAAUGGCCAGGAAUUAAAAAACAGACAAACUCCAUUCCAGCCAACUGCCUGCUGGAGCAGUUAAGAAACCGGUAUCGGAAGCGGGCGAAGUACAUAAAUAACCUCGCCUUGCUCCGCAGAACUGCUGCCUAGGUGGUUUCAUCCCAUGGUUCCCGAACCACCAAAAGGGGGAAGCUGUAAGCCGUCCCGCAGCUUCCCUCCUUAACACCCACCUUAAGCCAGAGUGCUGCGUGAAGUCGUUUGCGUGCAUCUGCGUGCGACAAAUAUUCCGCAACGGCAUUCGUUGUGAGCGCUUCGAGUUCGCCCUUGCAUCUCCGGGCCGGUUGGAUUGGGUUAACGAAAUUCUCUCGGAAUCGUUAAAUUUUCCUCCUGCCCUCGCGUCGGCAGGUUUUUCGUUGUUGUUGUUGCGGUUGCAAAUCUGGCCCUAUUGAUGGGUUUAGUGUUUGUGUGUUAGUGUUGUGUUUUUUUUGCUGCUGCUGCUGCUAGUGGUACGAUCUAGUGUUUCUAUCGCAAAGUCAAGCAGUGCCGGGGCAAGUGUUUGGAGCCAAGUCCAAGUGUGUGGGAUUUGCACGAUGCCAACCGUCGGUACGGUCGUUGGCCCGGCCGGAUGAUAAGUGUUAUUGGUGAUGUUGUGGUAGGUUUGUUUGGGUUGUUUUUCAACGUGUGUUUUUUGUUGUUGUUAUCUGUGCAACAGUGUAAACGUGGUUGGGUUUUUGUUUUAUGCAAUCAAGUGACGUGCAGUGGCGAAAAGUGCAGCAGUGAGCAGAAACCAGAAAAUAAAUGAAUUUAAAUUUGAAUGUAACGAAUAGAGCCGUCGUGCAGUGAAUUUGAUGACAACAGUAGAACUUGGACAGGAACACCAUAAAGGAGGAACGACGUAGAACAGCAAAAGUUACUGAGAAAAACGGCUUGUGUGUCGCCGAGUGCUGUACCGGGUUCGUGCUGACUUCAACCGACCAACCGUUGUAAUACGAGCCUGCCUGUAUGCGGCAACCCAGAAAGCGCGGCAACAUAAUGUUAUGUUAAGUUUCCUUGUGCCUCAACCACCGGAAAACCCACGUGGCCCUGUUGUGAUCAACCAGAUCGAAACGACACCAAACAAUCUGCCCCGGCUGAUGGGUGGCAUGGGCACGGCCACAACACCCUUAUCGACCAGCACACCAGCGUCCCGCACGGCCAAAGCCACCAUCUGCAGCGGGUCGGGCGGUACGGGCGGUAGCGUGGGGACGACCGUGUUCUUCCACCGCACCACCAACAACCUGCUGGAUGUGCCGCACCGCACCAACAGCUCCGAGGAGGAAAACUCACCGACGGAAUUGAAUACCUGCCGCAAGCUGACGGAAAAGCCACCGUUGGUGAAACGACUUACGAUGGGCAUCCUAAGGACGGCGGAAGACAGCCGACCGCUCGUGCACAGCUCAUCGUCACCCUCGAGUUCGUCCAGCUCGUCCCAGACGAUCUCCGACGGGUACGUCAACGAAGGUAUCUGUGCCGAUACGGCCGAAACGACCCUUUCGACGACCGUCUUUACCACCACCAGCAAACUGUCCGGCUCGAGUACCUCCACAACCGCUUCGACGAUAGCCAGUGCCAGCACCAUCCGAUCGCCCCUAACACCGGGCCCAUCACUCGUAGCAUCCUCCGGCACAAGCGGCACAAGCGCACUGCUCGACGGUCCACGGUACAAUCAUACCGCCACGACGCUGCUCUAUCCACCGGCCGUCCCGCUGCGGAACGAUAGCCUUAGCCUGAAGGAGCAGCACGAGCUGAAGGGUGCGCCCUGGUUUCAGGCCGGCAUACCGCGCGAAAUUUCGCUCGAAGUCCUUUCGCGCCAAAAUCCGGGCGCGUUUCUUGUCCGCCAAAGCACCACCAAGCCGGGAUGCUUUGCGCUGUCGCUACGCGUACCGCCACCGGCACCGAAGGUGGCACACUAUCUAAUACUAAGAACGAUACGGGGGUACAAAAUUAAGGGCUUUACGAAAGAGUUUACCUCGCUGAGGGCACUGAUAACGCAUCACUCGGUAAUGCCGGAGCUGUUGCCCGUACCGCUCGCACUGCCGAGACCACCGCAGAUCGUGCACCGGCAGGAAGACCCGGAGACGUACGGUUCGCUCAAUGACUUCCAGAACAUGAUUACCGAGUGAUAAUAGGGUGCGGGAGUGGUUUUCUUUCCGUUCCUGCCGUUUGCCGUACAACAGCCAAGUCUCGCCGGGGGACCACCAAUGAAGCGAUAUGUUGUGUAUUUAUUCGUUUUCCUCUACAGUAUCACUCUACACGAUGCCCCAAAUGGGAAGGAAAAAAAACCCAUUGGAAAUUUCUAGUUCUCUCGUUUUUGUUUUUGGUUUCAAAAUGUUCUUGUCCAAGUUUGUCUGGUCUGCGCGCCUAAACGUACCACACCACUGUUUGGGUUUUUUUUUUUUUGUUUGGAACGAAGUAGAGCAAAACACCGUUACGGUAGUAAAUUUUAAAAAGGUUAUUCCUUAACUAUUCUCCCCUGCGAAAUAAAUUCGAAUAGGAUAAAAUUAUGCAAAAUUAAACCGCUAGUCAAAAGGCAAAUACACGGACAGGAAAGGAAAGCAGGACAGGUGAAAGGUGAUAGAAGUGAAGGAAGGUGGUAAAAAUGCAAUUCAACUAAUGGCUAAGGAACUGUAAGUAAGCAAUACUAAUGUGAACAACGGUAGACAAAUAUUAUUGUAUUAAUCGAGAGGAGAAAAAAGGUAGAAGUAAAGUUAUAAUACAUGUAACGUAUAAGUUUGCCGUUACAACAAAAGAAAAGAACCGUGAGAAAGUAGAAGUAAAGCAGUACGUUAUCAACUGAUCAUAUACAAAAUGAAAGCCAGAAAGUAACGAACGGCAUAUGUGAAUGAGAAAAAAUAAUACCAAAAAAACCGGGCUACCAAGCUGGCGUGCAAUCGGCAGCAGUUGAGGGGAGAAUGAGUGCAUUAUUUAAGUAUGUAAUUUUUAAAUCGUACCGCAAGUUGUAGAAAUCUUAGCGAAAAACGGGAAUAUUCAUACUCGUAGUUACAAUAACGACUGCCAUCAUAUUACGCUCGCUCGCUCGCUCUCUCUCUCUCUCUCUUUCUUGAGUCGUUGAUAUGGCCUGAAUGUGUUGGGAGGUAAGGGUUUAGGCAAAAGAAUUAAUAUUUUUACUUUCAAAAACACGCUCCUUUUCCUUCUCCGGCUCAUUAUUGUCAAUCACCAUUCGUUGUAAAAUGGGGCAAAACACUACACCUGCGACUAGUAUCGCGUUUAGGAGGUUCAUAUUUUGAGCUAACAGGGCUUAAAGCAUGGCCAAGCGCAUGUACGAUUCGAAUUUAGUUUUUCUGCAAAUAAUGCUACAAAUUCUAUUGCGCGUUCUGAGUUUUUGUGUGUGUGUUUGUGUGUGCUUUUCCUUGUUUUUGUUUUAAGCUUCUACUCUAAUUACCUACGAAGAGUGAUGAUUCUUCCGGAAGACUUUGCACCGUUCUAACCGCUGCAGACGUUUUGUGUGCCGAUUUAUAUCUAUGUUCCGGAUUGCUGUUUUUCUUUUUUGGCCAUUUUUCACCGCGAUACAAAUUGGCAACAGAAUACAUUUAAAUGCGCGCAAUACGUGAUUCAGCGAACGCUUGCUGAGCUAAACUAACUAAGGCUGGAUUCGAUUAAUCCAUGCGACGUACUUUUCCUUUCAAAGCCUAGACGCAUACCGCGGGUGGCAUCUUCCCCAUGGUUUCCCUUUAAACCGUGCAAACACGUAGCACACCAACAGCAGAGAACACCGAUGUAUGAAUAAAAUAAACAAUUAGUAAAAAA